GUGAACAGAAAUGACAUGGAUCUCAAAAAUCAAGACUUUUCCCCUCUCAAAUAAAAAUUAAUAUCUCACCUUCCACUUGUCAUACAAUGAUAAAUUUAGUAUGGUUGGAAAUAUUUUGAUUUUAUGACACAUAGAUCUAGAAUCUAUAGACUCUACUUGGAUGCUAUAGUAUUGAAAAAUUAAUUUUGUUCUAAACCAAGACAAAAGAUAAAGUAAAGUAAUCAAAGCAAGAUGGCUGAUAUAGAGCAUGAGUGCAGUCUUGACCUGGGCAAUGUAAUAAAACAUGAGAAGAAAGAAAGUCUUAAUGAAAUAUGUUUGAUAAAACAGUCAUGUGAACUACAAGACAUGAAAUUGUCACAUGUAAAAAUUGAAAAGACUGAAGGAGAUGAAGUAACUUCUCCUAUGCAGCCAUUUGAAAACUACUACCAUGGUCAAACUUAUAAUGAAAUCCCGGGACAUCAGGCAAAUGAUGUUCUUAAGCAGGAGAUAAAAAUGUCUUGUACUACUGAAAGUGAUGACCCAUUGUCCUUAGCAUCAAGACUACUGGCUAUGUCAAAGAAGGCAGACAGAAACUUUUACCCAGUGCCCAUCAUUUUGCCAAACUUAAAACUGACUGGACACAUACCUCUCCUAGAACUGCCAUUGAGCGAGAUAAAAAACAUGAGGCAAGAAGAAGAAAUGACUUCAACAAAUGCAAUGCAUGAUCAUAUGGAAUCAAGCCUAUCCAAUGAAAUUGUUUCAGAUAAGAUCAAGAAAUCUACUUGCACAGAUAAUCAUCAAUUAAAUAAACUUUUCACUUGCCAAAUUUGUCAAAAAGGAUUUUCUAGCUCUAAAAUAUUACAAAAUCAUGAGUUGAUUCAUGCUGGUGAAAAAACAAAUAAAUGUCAAAUAUGUCAGAAAGGAUUUUCUCGUUCUUCUGAUUUGAAGAAACACCAACAGACUCAUACUGAUGAAAAAACAAAUAAAUGUCAAAUAUGUCAAAAAGGAUUUUCUUCAUCUAGUUAUUUGAAACAACACAAACUGAUUCAUACUGGUGAACAACCAUUUAAAUGUCAAAUAUGUCACAAAGGUUUUUCUUCAUCUAGUUAUUUGAAACAACACCAACUGAUUCAUACUGGUGAACAACCAUUUAAAUGUGACACUUGUGGAAAAGGAUUAUCUUAUUUUUCAUCUUUGAAACAACACCAGCUAGUUCAUACUGGUGAAAAACCAUUUAAAUGUGACACAUGUGGAAAAGGAUUAUCUAAUUUUUCAUCUAUGAAAAAACACCUACUAGUUCAUACUAGUGAAAAACUAUUCAAAUGUCAAAUAUGUCAGAAAGGAUUUACUCAUUCUGAUUAUUUGAAAAAACACCAACUUGUUCAUACUGGUGAAAAAACAUUUAAAUGUCAAAUUUGUCCAAAAGGAUUUUCUUACACUAGUAGUUUGAAACAACACCAACUGGUUCAUACUGGUGAAAAAACAUUUAAAUGUCAAAUAUGUCAGAAAGGAUUUUCUUACGCUAGUAGUUUGAAACAACACCAACUGGUUCAUACUGGUGAAAAACCAUUUAAAUGUCAAAUAUGUCAGAAAGGAUUUUCUUAUGCUAGUAGUUUGAAACAACACCAACUACUUCAUACUGGUGAAAAACCAUUUAUAUGUCAAAUAUGUCAGAAAGGGUUUUCUCGGUUUCAUCAUUUGAAACAACACCAACUUGUUCAUACUGGUGAAAAAACAUUUAAAUCAGUGGUUCCCAAACGUUUUUGUCCCAUAGCCCCCCUGUCAUGUUUUCUGGUUUUUGGUAGACCCACAGGUUAACUUAAAUUUUUUUUUUUAAAUUCAUCAGCAUUUAAAAAGAAUAAAAUUUCUACCUGUAGUGAGCUGAGGAGUGAAAAAGUAAUUUAAAGCUACAUAUUAAGUUAUAGAGAUCUUUUUUAUUGAUAAAAUUCAAAUUUAAACCAAUUAAAAUAACAAUUAAUUAAUUAAUAUGCUGGAAUCACCUAACACACUGGAAAUGUUGAUUUUUCUUUGCAGGUUUAUGGUUAUCAUCCAUUACAAAUCUUAUUAUGUUUGUUGUUCUCUGAAGCAGUCCUUCAAACAAUAAAUAUUAAUUAAUUUACCUAA